AUGUCGACACCUUUCGAUUCAUUCUCCAUUAUCUUUCCCUCAUCUUCUUGCUUUUUCUCUUUCAUCUUCAACACACACACAAGCCCGCGCACUUUUAUUUCAUCCUACACUAACACAGCACCCGCCUUUGAUCUGAUCUUGAUAUUCUUUUUCUUUCUCAUUUCUCGGCUGUACUCAGGUAGGUCUUUGACAAAAUGUCUUCUCCCAGCAAGAGGCGAGAUAUGGACGUCAUGAAACUAAUGAUGAGCGACUAUACUGUGGAACCUAUAAAUGAUGGCAUCAACGAGUUCAAUGUGGAAUUUCAUGGUCCCAAAGAAAGUCCUUAUGAAGGUGGAGUUUGGAAAGUUCGUGUAGAACUUCCAGAUGCUUAUCCUUACAAGUCCCCUUCCAUUGGGUUUGUCAACAAAAUUUUCCACCCAAAUGUGGAUGAGCUGUCUGGCUCUGUAUGCUUGGAUGUCAUUAACCAGUCAUGGAGCCCAAUGUUUGAUCUCUUGAAUGUCUUUGAGGUUUUCCUCCCACAGCUGCUGCUUUAUCCAAACCCAUCGGACCCCCUGAAUGGUGAUGCAGCAUCCCUGAUGAUGAAAGAUAAGGCGCAAUAUGAACAAAAAGUGAAAGAGUAUUGUGAGCGCUAUGCAAAGAAGGAGCACAUGGAUAAUACCUUAACAGAUGAUAGCGAGGUUGAAGUAAGUGAUAACGAGGCUUUCAGUGAUGGCCGGAGUGACAGUGAUGAUGAAGUUGCGGGACGUGCAGAUCCAUAGGGAGAAAAAAUUGCUGGUUUAUGAAUUAGUUUGUUAUUUGUAUUAUGAACGGUUACAGUCAUGUAAAAUUAGGACAAGAAGGCAGCUUUUAGGGACUAGAUACUAUGAAAUCCAUGUAGUGAAUUGGCUUUCGUUAUUGUUACUAGUGAAGUAAAAACAGCUGGAAGAAUGUAAUAUUUGCAUACUCGGUCUAUAUAUAUUACUGGCUAACGAUUUGUUAA